AUGGCAGCCGCCUACAAUCCCAAGGCUGUAGAGUCUGCAUGGGAUGCAUGGUGGGAGAAGAGAGGCUUCUUCACGCCAGAUGCCAAAGCAGCACAGGGCAGUUGCGAAUCAAAGAGGUUCGUGAUGGUAAUUCCUCCGCCGAACGUGACUGGCAAGUUGCACUUGGGUCAUACCUUGACUGGUGCCAUUGAGGAUGCCCUCACACGGUGGCACCGCAUGUGCGGAAAUGCCACUCUUUGGGUGCCAGGUGUUGACCAUGCGGGCAUUGCAACUCAGAGUAUCGUGGAGCGUCGCCUUCUGAAAGAACAGAAGUUGACUCGUCAUGACUUGGGCCGAGAAGAGUUCUUGAAACACGUAUGGGCCUGGAAGGAGAUGAACGCAGGCCACAUCAAGAAGCAGUUGCAGCGCAUCGCAGCUUCAGUGGACUGGACACGUGAAAGAUUCACCAUGGAUGAUCGUUGUGCCCGUGCAGUGGAGGAAGCCUUCAUCCGAUUCCACGAUCAGGGUUUGAUCUAUCGAGACAAUCGCUUGGUGAAUUGGUGCCCUUAUUUGCGCACUGCCCUGUCGGAUCUUGAAGUGGACUAUGAGGAGAUUCCUGGCAAAACCUAUGUGACCAUUCCAGGCUUUGAUGGCAAAGUGGAGGUUGGCGUGCUGUGCGAAUUCAAGUACAUGAUCAAAGGAAGCAAGGAUUCCCUGACAGUGGCUACCACGCGAUUGGAAACCAUGCUUGGUGACACUGCCGUGGCUGUUCACCCGGAUGACGAGAGAUACAAGGCAUUCCACGGCAAAGAGUUGGUACAUCCCUUCUUUCCGGAUCGCAAGAUGGUGGUGGUGGCAGACACCAUCGUGGAGAGAGAUUUUGGUACUGGCUGUGUGAAGAUCACACCGGCCCAUGACCAUAAUGACUUUAAGACCGGGCAACGGCAUGGCUUGCAGCAGAUCAACAUCUUUUCAGAGGAUGGCAGUAUCAAUGAGCUGGGAGGAGAGUUUGCGGGCCAGCAUCGCUUCCAGGCGCGAAGUACAGUGGAGGAGGCACUCAAGAAGAAGGGCCUGUGGGUUGACAAGAAGUCACACUCCAUGCGCUUGGGCUUUUGCUCCCGCUCCAAAGACAUCAUCGAGCCCUACCUGAAACCUCAAUGGUGGAUGAACUGCAAAAACUUGGCAGAUCAAAGUGUAAAGGCCGUGCGAAACGGAGAUCUGAAGAUCCUUCCAGAAUUUCACCAUCAAACUUGGUACAACUGGUUGGAGAACAUCCAGGAGUGGUGCAUCUCACGUCAGCUUUGGUGGGGUCACCGGAUUCCAGCGUACAAGGUGAUCAAACCCGCGCAGAAGGAGGAGAAGUGGUACACUGGCAAGACUGCAGCAGAAGCAGCUGCCAAAGCCGAGAAGGACUUGGGACAGAAGGUGGAAGUGGAGCAGGAUGAGGACGUUUUGGACACGUGGUUUUCCUCCGGACUUUUCCCCUUCUCAGUGUUUGGAUGGCCAGACACGGAGGGCAACGCAGACUUCAACUCUUUUUUCCCAACCUCGCUGUUGGAAACAGGACAUGACAUUCUGUUCUUUUGGGUAGCGCGGAUGGUGAUGAUGUCUUUGGGCCUCACUGGCAAACUUCCAUUCCACACGGUGUACUUGCAUGCCAUGGUGCGUGAUGCGCACGGCCGGAAGAUGUCGAAGAGUCUGGGCAAUGUGAUCGACCCAUUGGAAGUGAUCGAUGGCAUCGAUCUGGAGAAUUUGCACAAGAAGCUCUAUGAAGGAAAUCUGCCAGAUAAGGAGAUUGAGAAGGCAAAGAAAGGUCAACAGGCAGAUUAUCCUGAGGGAAUUCCUGAGUGUGGUGCAGAUGCAUUGCGCUUCGGCUUGUUAGCUUAUACUCUCCAAGGAAGGAAUGUGAACCUGGACAUCAAUCGUGUGGUGGGAUAUCGCCAUUUCUGCAACAAAGUGUGGAAUGCCACCAGAUUUGGCUUGAUGUACUUUGGCAACGAUUUCGCUUUCCCAGGCGCAUUGCGUUCUGACCUUCCCUUGGCUUGGGAGGAUAGGUGGAUCCUCUCCCGACUUUCCUUCUGUGCUCAGAAGACCAAUGAAAGUCUGGAGAAGUAUGAGUUUGCCAAUGCCACCACAGCCACCUACAGUUUUUUCCUCUAUGAGCUUUGCGAUGUGUACUUGGAGCUCUUGAAGCCUCGCUUCUAUGGUGAAACUACAGAUGAAAAGAUCCUGAAGGAUCGAGGGGUGGCAAGGCAUAUUUUGUACGUGUGCCUCGAUUGGUCCAUGCGCCUGAUGCAUCCUUUGUUGCCAUAUCUCACAGAGGAGUUGUAUCAAAGGCUACCUCCAUCCCCCACGAAGUGUGAAAGCAUCACAGUGGCGCCCUUCCCUACCGGUGUACAUGCCUGGAGAAAUGAAGCCUUGGAGAGAGAGAUGGAGGUGACCAGCGAGAUUGCCAAGCAGUUCCGCUCCCAAAAGACCUCCUUGGGCUUUUCCCCAGGUGCUCGACCAGAUGCCUACAUCAGGCAUAGUGACAAUGAUUCCAGGGCGCAGGUGGAAAAGUUGAAGAAUCAGAUCUCCCGCAUGGCAGGUUUUGGUUCGAUCCAGGUGUUGGACGCCAAUGCCCCAGACCCCCAUGGCACCAUGCGAGACGUGGUGAACGAGAAAUGCUUGAUCUACACCAAGGUAGAGGGCCUGGACUUGUCCGGUGAAAAGGUCAAGCUUCAAAAGAAGGUAACCUCUGCUCAGAAGAUGGUGGAGUCAUACAAGCAGAAGAUGUCCGUGCCGGGCUACGAGGAGAAAGUGCCCGCAAAUGUGCGAGAGCAAAACACGAUGAAGAUGCAGGCCUCUCAGAAAGAGCUUGAGGAAUUGGAGAGAGCCUUGCAAAGUCUGGAGCAGGCCAUGAACGGCAAAUGACUGGUCAGCUAGACUUAGAGACUUAGAUUCAAGCUGCGACUCAAGCUAUGAUUCAACUUCACUUCCUCAGGCAGUGGAGUUCGAGUCGACCAUGUACAGACAACUCGUGAGUAA